AUGAAAAGUAUUUCGUUUAACAAAUACAAAUGCAUCGGAAAUACAGAAUUUAUUCUUCAGCUUCUGUUUUCAUAUUUUGGUUACUCUUAUCAAUUAAAAGUGCUCUCAAUUAAUUUCUCAAUCAAUGAAUUGGAAGUAACGGCGAGAAUGAAGAAAUGUCCCAAAAAAUAUGUCUCAUUCAUAUCGCAAAUCACAUUCAAUUGGUUUAGUGAACUCAUUUUCAAGGGAUACCGAAAACCAUUGACAUCUGAAGACAUGUGGUAUUUAGACAAUCACAACACUACUGAUUAUAUUCACAAAAAAUUCAACAAAAUUUGGUUAAACUUAAUCGAAAAGCAGACGAAAAGUAAAACUUUAAAAAACAAACAAAAACCAUUUUACAUGAAUAUUACUACUCCACUGUUGAAAUGUUAUUGGAUGCAAUUAUUAAGUGUCAAUGUAUUUAAACUAACCGCCAUUUGUUUAACAUUCAUAAACCCUAUAGUACUCGAUAGACUUAUUUCAUUUAUGAGUCCCUCUAAUGCUGAGCCCCAGUGGAGGGGUUUAUUCUACGCCUCCCUUAUGUUUAUUGCCCCUCUGGUUGAAUCACUAUUUAACAGUCAACACGAAUAUCGGGUUAAUGUAAUUGCCAUGAAAAUCAGAGCAACACUUAUAUCAAGUAUCUAUAAAAAGGUAGUAACGCUUGUAUUUAAAAAUGAAUGUCAAUGUGUUUAUAACAAGACGGUCAAUUAA